AUGCCUCGAAAACGGAAUAUUUUGCGACGACAUUAUUCCACGGAUCUCAAGCGUCGUGUUCUCUACCAACAGUAUACGUUAGGCAAAAAGACUGCAGCUAUUGCCAUUGAUUUGAAUAUGCCACUACGUGUGGUUCAAAGGGUUCUGAACACUUGGAACAACAUUGGUGAAGUAUGUAGAGACAGGAGAGGGCAAGGCCGAGCAUCUAGGCUUCCAAGAGAUCAUUGCCAGCAUCUAGUCUCCCUCAUCGAACAUUCUCCGGACCUGUAUCUUGAUGAGCUUCAGGUUGAGCUUCUAAUGCAAUAUGGCAUUGAAGUCUCUAUACCAACAAUCUGUCGCACACUACAACGGCUCGGGUAUUCAUCAAAAAAGCUCUCGAAACAAGCAGCAGAGCGGCUGGAUCAUAAACUAACUGACUUCAUAAUGCAAAUCAAAGAUGAGCCACCCAAUUGUAUCGUAUGAGAUGAAGCUGCAGUCAACAUCCAUACAACUUAUCGUGAAAAUGGUUGGAGCAUGCGAGGUGUAAAGGCAAGAAAGACCGCAAAGUUUGUGAGGGGUAAGCGUUAUUCCAUCCUUCCGGCAUUGACCAUGGAUGGAAUGAUUUUCAGCAACAUCAAACUCGGGAGCUACAGUGGCGAUGAAUUUCUUUUCUGGCUUGAUGGUCUUCUU